CAUGGUUGCCAUUCACCGAAGUCGCAAAUGGCCGCCUCUAGUCAACAGCCGGUCGUGAAGAAUUAAGAAAGGUGUUGUACGUGAAAAAAAAUUGUUUGUGUCGUAGAGAGACGCAUGCAAAAUAUGUAAAACAGUGUUAUACGUUCUGUGGCGUAGUUUAAUUUUUUUUAAUUAUAUUAAUCAAUCACAGUAGUUCGGUUCGUGUGUAUAUACAAGAUAAUUUUUUCGGGCCGAUUUUUAACUCAGUGACGUGCGUCGUUAGUGACCCAAGACUUCGCACACAAGAGUUCUUCGAGAAUGAGCACGAAUAACGUUCAAGCGCUUUUUGCGUGCUCCAGGUGCUUUUCACGACAUCCCUUUGAAGAACUGUCACCUGGACAACAGUUGUGCAAGGAAUGCCGUGGUGCUUUUCCAGUUGUCAAGUGUACCUAUUGUAGAUCCGAAUUUCAACAGACUAUCAAGGGUAACACAAGUACGAUAUGUAAGAAGUGCGAACAGAAUGUGAAAGCUUAUGGGAAACCUUCAGCAUGCGAAUAUUGCAAUACCAUAGCAGCAUUUAUUGGCAGCAAGUGUCAACGAUGCACAAACUCGGAGAAACGCUAUGGACCACCAGUGACUUGUGAACAGUGCAAGCAGAAGUGCGCCUUUGACAGACAGGAUGAGGACAAAAAGGUAGAUGGGAAGCUCUUAUGCUGGCUUUGUACUCUGUCAUACAAGCGUGCGUUAGCAAAAACAAAACAAUCGGAUGCAGAACGAAGGGCUCACUUGAAGUUAGCUCAGCAGCGAGCAGCAAAGCACAAAGAACAAAAGUUAAAAGGCCAUAACAAAAGACCUCACAGGGUAGACGUGACGAAAUUACCACCACAGUCUGAGGGUAGUGAUGCUAAUGGUCCUACACCAUUGAAAGUUGCUAGAAUGGCUGGUGUUCACGAUCACGAUCCUAACAGUUCUGAUCAUGUUGUGGCAGUGACGCAGCUCAAGGAGAAGAUUGCUCAUCUCCAGAAGCAGAUCUCAAUGAAGGAUAGUCAGUUAUUGUCGAAGGACAGGCAGAUCACGGAAUUAAAGGCCAAACACUUUACAACGGAAGCGGAAUUACGUAACAAGAUGAAAGCCACGGAGAAGGAGUAUGAGACGAAAGUAUCGAAUAUGCAACAUAAGAUAUCGAGUUUGUUGAAGGAAGUUGCGUCCCUGUCAAAGAGCACAAAGCGAGGCGAUAGGGUUGCUGCCACGAAGAGUGAAGCAGGGACCAACAGCGGAAGUGGGACCGAUAGUCCUGUACCUUGAUAAGGGAUUUGGUUAGCCGUGACAACGUACAUACUCAAUUAACCAUACCCACUCAGAUCACGUGAUACAUUAAGGAAUAGCGAAUUGUUUCCAUUAUCGAAACGAAAUCUGUAUUAUUUUUCUAAUUACCAUAGGAAUAUAUAAUUUUUCAUUCAUACAAGAAUCUGUCCUCUGUUAACGGGCGACAGGGAACGAAGUGCAAAAGGUCGAAUAGAGACGCGUGACGUGGUUUAACAUGAAAAACAUUACGAAUGAAAAGAAAAAAAAGAUCAUGCGUAUAAAAACAAAUUAAAGAGAUAUAUUCUCUUUCUAGCUUGAGUACCUAUUAAUUUUUCUUCACGAAAACAAUUUCGUGUGACGACAUUUAUUGCCCGUCGUUAUUGUCGCACGUUGCGCCGGGAUAAAUGAAAAAUAAAAAUAGUAAGACAAAAAAUUAUGACUAUUAAGGGAAACAUUUUUUAUAGCUAGUAUCAAGCAAUUGGGCCUCUCGAUGGUCUUAAGAACUAAAUCGAUUUUGAAUCCGGCCAUUCGGAAGAAAAUCUCACUGACAUAUUAAUUGUAAGUAUUUAGGCGCGUUCGCACGAGUGAUGCAGUUAUGAUUUAUUAUCGAGGGACAAAUGUGCUCCAUCGAAAAUCGAAUAAAACACGGUCGAUGAUAGUCACCGCGUGAAUUUUGUAUUGCGAGUGACGCCCCUCGCCCUAUUAUCCUCGUUACAAAUUGUACGGCCGCUACGAUCUUUCAAUAUUUAUAAUGACUGUAACGACGAUGAUUCGGCAUUAUGGUGGUUGUAGAGAAAAUUUACAAUAAAAAUAUCAAAAAGAAAUGAAAAGAAAGAAAGAUGAAAAGCUAAAUGAAAUAUU